UUUGUCCCGAUAGAUCUGCAUGGAGAUCACAAUCGGUAAUUCAUGAAGAAGUAAUCAAAUUACUGACCGGUUUUUAUCACGUGACGUAGGAAGAGGCGGGGUGAUCUCCCAAAGGACGACAUUUCAACCAACCGUUGUGUUUUGCUCUGGGACUCCGUUACCCAAAGGAAAUCAGAUGCAAAUCAAGGAAAUCCUGAUGAUGCGAUGAUGAAAGAAAGUACGCAUGCAUUGUUUUGGACAAACCGCCCAGUAUAAAGCACAUCAGAUAGUUGGCAGGGAUCGGACUAGAAAGAAGCCGUCCACCCUCCUGUUCGUUUGCUUUCCUCCGCAAAAUGGCGUUACGUUCGGAAUUCGAAGACUCGCCGGCUGUGUCUGCAUCCCUUGCACCAGUUGUGGAUGAAAUGGCCAAGACCAUUGCUGCAAUAAAGACCAGUAUCGGGGACGUGUCCGCUGCGAUAGACAACAAAACCAUUCUGAAGACCAAGGUCCAUGAGCCAUACUUCACGUAUGCAACGAAAUCGCAAAGACUCUACCUGGGCGACCAUCUUGCCAGCAUCGGUGCCGCACAAGUCUUCACCGAAAACAUCCAGUGUUUGCGGAAGAUGGACCAUGGCGGGUUUUCUGAGGAUGUCUGGCCCUACAUGUACGUCCUGUACAGCUGCUGCAAUAGCCACUCGGACAUCAGUCAAAAAUUUUCUGAAGAACUGGGGAAGGCUGGGAUCAUCCCUAUCCUUAUUCAGGACCUUCGGGAAUUCAAGGAGACUUGUACAACUGAUCGGAACCAUAAGGACAUAGUGGACAGACUGAUGGGUACCCUGUACAACAUGUCUCGGUUCUCCAGUAUCAGGCCGCUCUUCAGCGAGAACAACGCCAUAGGAAGUCUUAUUCCGUAUCUCAAGGCGGACAACGAGAAGUUCAAGACCUUCGCUACCUUUACACUGGCGUACAUAAUUGACGAGGAAAACCUGCGGAUAAUGACGGACCCCUCCGUCAUCCGUUUCAUCAUCGCGAUGUUCACCAAGGCCGUGGAUGAUGGGAGGAAGCGGUACACGGUGGACGGUACCAGCUUCAGCGCCGCCGAGCUGGCCAUGGGGAUAGAGAGGCUGGCCGUGAACGACACUUCUGAUGACAAUAACAAGCUGACACUAGUUGCUGAAGGAGUCCUCCCUCCUCUGUUCAAACUGAUGACUGAAGGAGAUGAAGAGGAGCAGCUUCAUUCGAUCCAGGCCAUCUCCCAACUCGCCUUCCAUCCAGACAACAGGGAGAAGAUCCUGAUAGUCACCCCAAAGCUGCGGCAGUUCAAGUCAAGUAAAAACCCCGAUGUAGCAGCGGCCGCUAGCGGAGCUCUGUGGCAACUGCAGGAUGCAGAGUCCCGUCAUCAGAAUGGUGUAGCGUACGGUGGCGGCGAUGCAGGUAAUGGCAGAAAAGGCAGCCACGUUCGUCACGUGAUGCUCAGCUACCAAUGGGACAACCAGGAAUUAGUUAAGAAGAUAAAAACCAUGUUGGAGGCCAGCGGAUAUAACGUCUGGAUGGACAUAGACCGGAUGGGCGGAUCUACCCUUCAGGCUAUGGCCAAGGCAGUGGAGGGCGCAGCUGUGGUGCUGAUUUGUAUGACGCGCAAGUACAAGGAGAGCGCCAACUGCAGGGGAGAAUGUGAAUAUACCCGAGAGAGGGGAACAGACAUCAUCCCGCUGAAGAUGGAGGACAGCUACAGGCCUGACGGCUGGCUGGGCUUCCUGGUGGGGGCUCGGCUCUACUUCAACUUCGACUGCAGGGACAGGUUCGAGGACGUGAUGGCGCGGCUAAUGAGAGAAAUAGGUGACCGGGGAAAAGGUCGUGCCCCUGACGUCACGGAGGUGGGUUCAGUUACAGAGCUCGAGGUAGACCCGAUGACGCCCAGACCACAGGGACCGAAACCUCACAGCUGGGUGCGGCAGGAAGUCAGGAUAUGGGCUCAGGAGAAUAAGCUUGAAGGAAAUCUGGAAAAGUUGGAACCAGAGGAUUUACACUUCCUGCGCAGGAUGAGGAAGGAGGCUCCUGCUGAGUUUUACAAGUCUAUUGAGGAUGAGCUGGGACUGAAGAGCAUCUCCAGCAAGAGGAAGUUCUGUGAUGCGCUGGAGAUGCUGGAGAAGACACGACAGUUACAAACGUCUAGGGAAGACAAAUCCGCGGUUAAAGGAUCCUCAUCCUGUCAGUUAAUCUAAACACACGACGCGCGUGCCAGUUUCAUUGGAAAGAUGCUAUAUAUAUAUAUAUAUAUAUAUAUAUAUAUAUAUAGAUAUAUAUA